AGAAAUUGAUUCAAAAGUUUUAAAUGAAUAUAAAUUAAAACAUGAUAAAUUUAGUAAUCUUUCCUUAAAUGAAAAAUUAGAUUUAUUCUUAUCAAAUCAUCAAAAUCAAGAUCAACAAGAUCUUCAACAUAAUCAAGAUCAUCAACAUGAUUUAGAUACUCAUUUAGAUGAUUUAAAUGAAGCUGCCAAAAAGAAUGUUACUUCAAAUAUAUUUAAUUUAUCAUUAUCAUUAGCUACUAAUAAUCUUGAUGAACUUGAAAAUCCAUUGAAUUCAUUAUCAAAAUCAGAUCAUGUACAAUUAAGAUCUUCAGGAUCUUCUCAAUCAAGUUUACAAUCUUUAAGAGAUGAUAAUCGUGUAUUAGAUUCUAUGCCAAAUUUAUCUCAAUCUGGUAAUAAUGGUAUACAAUUGAAUGAUGGAAUUAAAGGGUUUAGUGAUGAAAUAGUUGAACAAUUAGUACCUCAACCAGAAGAAGAAGAUGAUGAUGAACAUGAUGGAUUAAUUAUGAAAAAGCCUUCAACUGCUUUCAAUAAAGAAGCUGCCGAUACAUUUGAUAAUUCUUAUAAUAAUUCAACAGAACAAUCAAUUAUGAAUUUAUUAAAGAGUGCUUCUCAAUCUAAUCUUGAUCAAAUUGAAUCUAAAGAAAUUAAUGAAACUACAACUUCAAUUUCAAAACCUACCUUACAAGAUAUAAAAGUCAAAGAUGAAUCUGAAGAUGAUAUUCAUAUUAAAGAAGAGGAUGAAGAUGAACAAAAAUUAAUCAAACAAGAACAAGAUCAAGAUGAAGAUGUUUCCCUUGAAGAAAUUAAACAAGAAGAAAGUAGUAUCUUUACAGCCAAAUUUGAAACUGUAUCUGAUGUGGGUAGAUCAAGUAAUUCUCCAAGAUUAGUAUCACCAUCAUCCAUGACUCCAAUUAUAAGACCAUUGAUUGAUCAAAUUGAAACUCCUACCAAUGAAACUGAUGAAGAUAGCGAAUUGUCAUCUCGUGAUUCUACUAAAAUGUCAAUUAGAUUUCAUAUGGAUAGUCAAUGGAAAUUAGAAGAUAGUCAAGAUGGUGAUAAAGAAGAUAAUGAUGAAAAUGGGUUCACCACUACUAUUAAUGAUAUUAGUCAAGCCCCAUCAGAAGAUAAGGAAAUUCAAUUAAAUCAACCAAUACUUAAUGUUGAUUUAUCACCUAAUGUUUCUGCUACUUCUCAACCAUUUGAAGAUGCAUCUGAUGAUUUAAUUUCGAAGACCUUAGCUCCUUCAAGAAUUGAAGAUGAAGAACAACAACAAGAAGAAGUUGAACAAGAACAACCCCAAGAUUCACAACAUGAACAUACUGAAGAAAAUGUAUUAGCAAAUUCGUCCAAUAUAGCUCCACCAGAAGAAUUAACUUUACCACCGGUUGAGACUCAUAAUUAUUCCUCAUUUGAUGAAAUUACCAGGAAUGUAGGUUCUGAUAAAGAUUCAUUUGAAGAAUCAUUAUCUGCUGAACAUGAAUCAGAUAAAAAGGCAAGCGAUUUCCUUUCUAUAUGGCAUUUACAAGAAAGACAAAAGAAAAAUCCAAGAACUGGUGAAUUCUUUAAAGUUUUAGAUAAUAAGGAAACUAUUAUAACUCCUGAAUCUCAGUCACAUACAAUUCAACCACAAGUUCCAAAGAUUCCAUUAAGUUUACAACAAAAGAAAUUUAAGGAAGUUAAUGUUAUAACUCGUAAAGUUGUUAAUCCUGAAUUUGAAGAAUUACAAGUUUCAGGAUUCUUACCUGAAUUAUCUGAAGAUUCAGGAUUUGAAAAUCAUUUUAAUUUCUUAAGAAAUACUUCAAAUAAUAAUUAUUCUAAUAUGGCUAAUAAUAGAAGAAGCUUUUCUCCAUUAAGUACAAAAAAUGUCUUAAGUAAUAUUGAUAAUGAUCCAAAUGUGAUAGAACCACCUGCACCAAAUUCCAACACUAAUUCCAGCACCAACGCCCAUACAAAUUCCAUUAAACGAAAAUUCUUGAGAAAUUCAAUUUCAGUUAUUUCAGCCACUGCAUCAAUUCAACAUCAACCAACUGUUUUCAAACUGUUACAACCUUUAAGUAAUGAUAAUAUUAAUAAUAGAAGUUCUUCUAUACCAAAAUCGAAAUUUAAAGUUCCAUCAUUUGAAAUUAAAAGAUCAAAUUCAGUAUUAUCUCCUCGUGAUUUUUAUAAUGAUGAUAUCUUUGCUGAUACCAUUGUUAAAAAACCAACUAUCAAAAGUUCUGGUAUGAAAACUUUACCAAGUAUGGAUCGUGAAGAUGUUAAACGAAUUCUUAGUACUAAGAGAGUUAUCACUCAAGAUGAAUAUGCUAAAGUUAAAUUAAGAGGUCUUAAUAUUAAAAAGAAUUCUAUCGUCAAUGAACCUAAUGAUAAAUAUGAUGAAUUACAACAACAAGCUUCGAUUCAUAAUGUUUCACCUGAAUCAAGUCCAAGUUUAAAAUUUGCUAUAUUACCUCAUUUAGCAGGAGAAUUAUUACAAGCUCCAAAUGCAUUAUUAUCAAAGGAUCAAUUCUUUAAAGAUUAUCAGAUAUUCAAUAAUGGUAAUAAGACAGGAGGAAUUCAACAACCUUCAGUGGAUUUAGCAUUCCCUGAACCAGAUCCUGAAUUAAUUAAUUCCCCAAAUUCAAAUAUUUUUAAGACUCCUCCAAAAGCAGAUAUUGAUUUAAAUGUCGAUGAUACUAUUGAUGAUGUUCAACUCCAAAAGCAUUUAUUACCAAAUGAAUCUCCUAUUAAUAUUCAACUUCCAACCACUCCAAAGAAAUCUCCUAUUAAAAUUGGAUCACCUAUGAAAUUAGUUAAACAAGGUGACAAAGUUACCGGAGCAAUUAUUCCUGCUUCACCUAAGAAAACUCAUAAACCUCAAGUUUCAUUUAGUGGGGAUGAAAUUAUUAAUAGUAAAUUAAGAGGUGAGAAUUCUCCUCGUAAAGAUUCUAUAGCUGAAGAAAAUGAUGAUGAACAACAUAAACCAAGUACAGUUUCUGUACCUUCUGCUUUCACCAAUAGUUCCCGUCCUUCUGGUACUUCAUCUGCUACCUUAUUGAAUUUUGGUGGUAAUCAUGAAUAUAGAACUUUAAAGGAAGAACAACAACAACUUGAUCAUUCUCAAGAUGAAUCUAAUAUUGAUAUUAAUCCUGAUGUUAAUGAUGUUCAAGAAACAGAACCAAAAGAACUUCAAUUUACUGAAAGAGGGAAAUUAUUCUUUAGAGUUAUUGGCUUAAAGAAUAUUAAUUUACCUGAUCUUGAUAAACAUAAUGCUGAAUUAUCUAUCACUUUAGAUAAUGGAGUUCAUUGUAUCAAGACUCCAAAUUAUAAAUUAGAAUCUAAUAAUGUUUUAAUUGGAAAAGAAUUUGAAUUAACGGUUGGUGAAUCAUUAGCGUUUAUAUUAACUAUGAAAAUGAAUUAUGAAAAACCAAGAGGUGGAUUAAAAGAAGUGCAUGAAAGGAAAGUUGUUAAAUCAAAGAAUAAGUUAGGUAGAAUGUUUGGAUCAAAAGAUAUUGUUACUGUUACUAAAUUUGUUCCAUUUGAAGUUAAAGAUAGUUGGGAACAUAAAUUUGCUCAAGAUGGUUCAUUUGGUAGAUGUUAUAUUGAUUUAGAACAAUUUGAAGAUAAAAUUACUGGUAAAGCGCUUAAUUUUAAUUUGAAUUGUUUUAAUGAAUGGGAUAAAUAUAUUGAUCCAACUACCAAAGAACUUACUAAAGGUAAAGCUUAUAGAAUUGGUCAAUUAGAAGUUAAAAUGUUAUUUGUUCCUAGAGUUGAUGCUAGGGAAGUAUUACCAACCAGUAUUAAAUCUGCCUAUGAAGGAGUUCAUGAAUUAGGUCAAGAAUUUAAUUUAACUCAUGAAGGUUAUUUACAUCAAGAAGGAGGAGAUUGUGAGAUUUGGAAGAAGAGAUUCUUUAAAUUAUAUGGUACUUCAUUAAUUGCUCAUAGUGAAUUUUCUCAUAAGACAAGAGCUAAGAUUAAUUUAGCUAAGAUUGUUGAAGUUAUUUAUGUUGAUAAAGAAAACAUUAAGAAUUCAUCAACAAAUUAUAGAAAUUUCAGUGAUGUUUUAUUAGUUGAACAUGCUUUUAAAAUUAGAUUUGCUAAUGGAGAAAUUAUUGAUUUUGGAGCUCCAAAUAAAUCCGAAAAAAUGCAAUGGAUUUCAAUCUUUGAAAAGAUCACUCAUAGAAAUAAGUUCCGUCGUCAACCUUGGGUUAAGUUGAUGUUACAAGAAGCAGGAUAUGUUAAUGCUCCACAACAACUUCAACAAGAAGAUCAAAAACCUCAAAAUGAAGUUAUAAGUUCUCGUUCUUCUAUGAUUUUAUAAAUUCGUGAUUGACUUCUCUGUACAUUACACAUAUAUCUAUAUCUAUAUAUAUAUCUAUUUAAUUGUUAAUUUAUU